CGGAAAUUUUGAGACAGGGAAAAAAAGGGCUGCCUUCCACCCGAGUGGAGCCGAGUCAUUCCGGAAAUUUUGAGAGAGGGAAAAAAAGAACUGCCAUCCACCCGCCCCUUCCUCCGCCUUGUUCUCCUCCAGCACCCAGCCCUCAGUCCUCCCCCCUUUUGCCCAGCUUCGCUAACAGCUCCCCGGCAGCAGCAGCAGAAGACUGACUCUCAACCGAGGGAGCAAAGAUGGAGCACAGGGACGCCGACUUCAACAUCCUGCUAGCGACAGACUCCUACAAGGUGACACACUACAAACAGUAUCCCCCCAACACGAGUAAAGUCUACUCCUACUUUGAGUGCCGCGAGAAGAAGACAGAUCCCGGGAAAAACAGGAAGGUCAAAUAUGAGAAAACAGUGUUCUAUGGCCUACAGUACAUCCUGCACAAAUACCUCAAAGGAAAGGUCAUCACUCCAGAGAAGAUCCAGGAGGCAAAGGAAGUUUACCGGGAACACUUCCAGGAUGAUGUUUUUAACGAGAAAGGCUGGAACUACAUUUUGGAAAAAUACGGUGGACACCUGCCUAUAGAAAUCAAGGCGGUGCCGGAGGGAAGCGUCAUUCCUCGAGGCAACGUCCUGUUCACGGUGGAGAGCACAGAUCCUGACUGCUACUGGCUCACCAACUGGGUGGAGACCCUCCUGGUGCAGAUCUGGUACCCAGUCACAGUGGCAACUAACUCGAGGGAGCAGAAGAAGAUCCUCGCCAAGUAUCUCCUGGAGACAUCCGGGAACUUGAAGGGACUGGAGUACAAACUCCACGACUUUGGCUACCGAGGUGUCUCCUCACAAGAGACUGCAGGCAUUGGCGCCUCUGCUCACUUGGUCAAUUUCAAGGGCACAGACACAGUCGCUGGCAUCGGAGUCAUUAAGAAGUACUACGGCACCAAGGACCCAGUACCUGGCUUCUCUGUACCUGCUGCAGAACACAGCACCAUCACCGCGUGGGGCAAGGACCACGAAAAAGACGCCUUCGAGCACAUCAUCAAGCAGUACCCCAACGUGCCCGUCUCCAUCGUCAGCGACAGCUACGACAUCUACAAUGCCUGCGAGAAGAUCUGGGGCGAGGACCUCCGCGAGCUCAUCGAGAAGCGCAGCGCCGACGCUCCACUCGUCGUGCGGCCCGACUCAGGGAAUCCACUGGAUACAGUAUUGAAGGUUUUGGAGAUCCUGGGUAGGAAGUUCCCCUAUGUGGAGAACUCUCUAGGCUAUAAGGUGCUGCCUCCUUAUAUCCGAGUCAUCCAAGGAGACGGUGUGGACAUUAACACACUACAAGAGGUAGUGGAGGGCAUGAAGCAGCACAAGUGGUCUGUCGAGAACGUUUCCUUCGGCUCCGGAGGGGCUCUGCUGCAGAAACUGACGCGAGAUCUGCUCAACUGCUCCUUUAAAUGCAGCUACGUGGUCACCAAUGGACUCGGGGUGAACGUGUUCAAGGACCCCGUGGCGGACCCCAACAAGAGGUCUAAGAAAGGUCGGCUAUCUCUCCACCGGACUCAAAGCGGGGAGUUUGUCACUCUGGAGGAGGGCAAAGGUGACCUGGAGGAGUAUGGCGUGGACCUGCUGCACACAGUCUUCCUCAACGGCAAGAUUGUCAAGACGUACACGUUCGACCAAAUCAGAGACAAUGCUAAGCUCAAAGAGAGCGAGCUCGAAGAGCUGCUGCACUGAGCACGCCGGUAAAGUCGGUUACCAAUGAAUGAAUGACUGAAUGAAUUUCCCUCUCUUUCCUUCAACCAUUCACCUCUUGGCCUCUGUGACGUCAAACCCCUUCAAAAUGGAGGUCACGUGCACUGAUAUUACUCUUCCUCCCUUGAAAUAUACCGUGACUUCUCUUAAAAUUUAAAAUGUUUGUUCACCAGAGUGGGGGAUGAUGUAAAACUGGAAAAAAAAGAAAAGAAAAAGAGCUAGCUAAACCGGAUGACGUGAUUGGCUGAGAGCGUUGUCUCUUUUGUCAUGAAGACUCCCAAGUGGAGGCAUUUACCAUAUGAAGACACGCCCCUUAGAACCAUUUCUUUUUAAUAGCCAAGUUAUUGUUCAAGACAAAAGAAAAGGCCAAACUCUUUAUCAACCGGUGUCUGAAUGUUUUGCACUAUUAAAAUAAAAAGUGUAUCCAGGAAGGUACAGGACGGCCAUUUUGUCCCUGAUAGAGCAUUCCCCUCGUUGUAAACACAGUGCUUUCCAAAUACCACCAAGAUGGAGAAGGAACGCAUCGCACAAACUAUCUUCACUGGAAUGAAGAGGUGUGUGUGCGUGCGUGCGUGCGUGUGUGUGUGUUUUGGACGGUAUUCCAUUAUGCAAAUUGGAAGUCUGGGAUUGGAUGCUUCUUUUUCCACCUCCAAGGUAUUUCCUGCAGAGGUUUUGGAUUUUUCUCCCCUAGCGGUUUCGUUCGGCAUCACAAAAGGCGUACAACAGGGGUGUCCAAAGAGUGUGGAACACGUAUUUGACGCCCCUGAUUAUUGUACGAGUUGAUGACAUCACAGGUGUGAGCGUGAAGCAUGUGACCAGCUAACUGACAGCUGUAGAAUUUUUUUUUUUGUUGCUAUUUUCUCCCGUCUAAUAGAAACUGAUUUUCAAUCCUCUUAUUUUUUCAUAUAUAUUAUUAAAAUGUUAUUUGUCUUUUCAAAAACCAAAAAUAUUACUUUUCUGUUGCAGUGCAUUAGUUGACACCAAAUUGUAAUGAGAGCGCCCGCGUGCCUUUUGUGCCAUUCCAACCAAUACAAACUUGGUUAUAUUAUUAUUUUAUUAUUUUAUUAUUACUGUCAUUUCUAACAUCUUUUACAGGCCGUCCAAAGUGCGGCCAGCUGCUUAUUUAAUUUACAGUGCCGCAAUACUUUAUAUGAAUCCACCUGCAACGGCAGCAUAAAGGUAGAAAUAAUCGAUGUACAGUACAGACCAAAAGUUCGGACACACCUUUUCUUCAUUCAAUGUGUUCUCUUUAUUUUCAUGCCUAUUUACAAAACUAUGAAUGAACACAUGUGGAGUUAUGUACUUACGAAAAAAGGUGAAAUAACUGAAAACAUAUUUUGUAUUCUAGUUUCAUCAAAAUAGCCACCCUUUGCUCUGUUUGCUUUGCACACUCUUGGCAUUCUCUCCAUGAGCUUCAAGAAGUAAUCACCUAAAUUGGUUUUCACUUCACAGGUGUGCUUAGAAUAAUAAAAAUAGAUUUUAUUUGUAAAAAAACACUUUACAUUGAGUAAACCUCAAAGUGCUACAGUGUAUUAACAAAAAUAAAAAUAUAAUUAAAAUAUAAAGUAGAACAGCCUAAAAGUUGGAAGUAGUAUGCAUUUAUCUAAAAAAAAAAAAAAGAUUUAAAAAAAAAAAAAGUUUUUAAGCCUUUUUUAAAAGCAUCCACAGUCUGUGGUGCACUCAGGUGGUAAGGGAGAGCAUUCCACAGACUGGGAGCAGCGGAACAGAAAGCCCGGUCGCCCAUUGUUCGCUUGAAGCUCAUCGAGAGAAUGCCAAGAGUGUGCAUAAAUAAAACGCAUUGAAUGAGGAGAAAGCUUUUGGCCUGUGCUGUAUGCUGGGUCUGGAUUAGUUCUUGCCUCACCCCUUCACUUCAGGCGUGAGGGAAGCAUGGUGUAGACCGGAUAUGAUUCAGUACUAUCUGCUCAAAUAUGCACCUUGGUGGUUGUUUGGGCACUUGCAGCGAGUCCUGGACACAGGAAGCCAAGCCCCAGUCCUUCAUCCUUAGUCACACGCAGGAUUCUCACGGGAAUUAAGCAAACAAAUCCAUCCAGACCCACUGAAAUAACCUUUCAGCCUGUUUGUAGAAUAAUCCCACACUGUCUCUAGUUGUCACUGUCACAGCCCGCCUGUGAUGUCACUCUCCAUUCCCUGCGACCUGAAGUAGCGUCACACUGUUAAAAUCACUUCGGUUUCCUACUGAAGACACUUUUGUUUUUGUAGUCCAGUGUUAAAAUUGUAUCACUUUGAUACCGUUUGUGUUUUUACCUCAGUUGCGAAUACUUUUGUACGGUACAGUUCUUGACUAAAUCAAGCGGCCAUACUGCCUUUCUCGACGUGGCCAGUUUGACUGAAAGUAGACCAGGGAGAAAAAAAUACAACACCUUUUUCUCCUCUCUGUUUUCUACCUACAAAAUAUGGAUUGAUUGGACGUGUUUGAGAGUGCGUGUGUUGUCGUCAGGAUGAUAAUUAUUUCUUUCCUUGUUGACUUCCCGGUGUGUAUAUGUCGGUCGUCCCGGACUCCUCACCGACGCAUUUAAACACACCCACCUCGCUAUCUUGUCAACAACACAGACGCCACCUGUCAGUUUGUCAUUGGUCUGUGUGGCUGUAAUUGUACACAUCGCAUCUUCAAAUACUAAAUACACUCAAGUGGACAUUAUUUUACAGUUAA